AUGGCUUUACUGGUACUUCUGGUAUCCUUGAGCAUCUUGUCUGCAGAAUCUCAAAACCUCCUUGGUGAGACUAUGACAUUUUUCAAUAAAGGAAGAAAUCCAAAUAGCACAUUUCAGGUGGAAUUUCAAUACAAAGCGACUUAUUUUUACUCUGAUGGUCUAUCGACUUUCAAAUACUGCUACAAUGAAGAUUGCUACCAGAUGGGCACUGAACUCCUAAAUGAAAUUUCAGAUUCAGAGUCAGAGGUUAGCUUGUAUUUGUUCGGAGGAUCCACGGUGAUAAAUGCGCUCAGUGACAAACCGUUUGAUGUGAGCUUUUCAGGCUGCUGUUGGUUUAACUACGAUCCUACCUCCAAAUUGCAGUUUAUGACUCACGUGGACCUGGGUGUGCGAUCCGACACUGGACUUCCCAACAGACCUCCGAUCACAGGGUCAAAUCUAAUUGUCAGUUUCCCAAAUAGCUGUCCCACACCUAUCAAGCUGCCAGUAUUUGACCCCGAUGGAGAUCGUGUAAGAUGUCGGUUUGGACAGUCCAGCAAUAACGAGUGCUAUACCUGCAGUCAGAUUUCUGGCAUCACUCUAAAUGAGAUAACUUGUGAACUUACAAUUAGUAACUCAAUGGUAUGGUCAAGCGUACUUGAACUCGUCAUCGAGGAUUUCCCACAACAGGACAUUACAUUAACAUACAGUGAUGGGUCCUCCGUGAGCAAAGGAAACAGUCCAACAGAUGAACCUCUAAGCAAAAUACCAUUCCAGGGUUUCUACAAUAUUAUUUAUUAUCCCAGCUGUAACUUGGGGGAUUACAUACCUCUGUUUUUGGAUUCUACUCCACUAAAUGAGGAAAGAAAAACUGCAUUUGUUGGUAGUCAAUUUGAGUUCAACAUCACUGCAUAUGCAUCACUAGCAACUGUUUCCGAAAUAGUGGUUACUGGCCCACUGAAUCUGAACAAAUCAUUCCAGUUUGAUACCAUGACAAGAACUGGUAGUGCAACUGUAAUGUGGACCCCAUCUGAAAAUGACGUGGGCAACUAUAUACCAUUUUUUUUUACAGUUUUAACUGUGGAAGGGUAAGUCUUUUAAAAACAA